UCGCGCUUCUUGCUUAGUCGUUUCUUAUUUUAGCUUACCUUCAGUAUUCUGGUUUUUGAUUGGUUAAUCUUUCAUACUUUUUUAUUGGAUUACCUGUUUAUUUAACGACGCUCCGAUUGAUUUCGCGCCACUUGUUCUUUGUUAGUACGUGUCACGGCAGUAUCGUGCAGAAAAUUUUGUAGUAAAUUGGUAGUAGUAAUUUGGAAAAGGAUAAGGAGAACUUUUUGUUUAAAGAAUAAUAAACGGAAUAAUUUAUUCAUGUAGAGAGGAAAGUGAGCAAAGACACGAAGGUAUAAGCCCUUUGGGCUAAACAUUACAUAAACUCUUAAUUGAACAAUUUAUAGCUAAUUUGUGGUUAUUACAAACAUUUGAUUUAUAAAUCGGAAAGUGGAUAUGCCAAAGUCAAAUCUACGAAAAGGCGCCAAAAUUGACUAUAAGAAGAUGAAUGAAGGGGGCGCAGAAUAUGACAUUGAACCGUCACAUAGUUCAGGUAUCAGUCCACCAAAACUUGAAACGGUGAAAAGUACAGAAGCACGACUUUCGUCUUCUAGUAGUCUAAUAGAAGAAAUUCCUUCGGAUGACGAUGAAGAACUACAGAAAUUGAAUGCAGAAUAUGAGCAGUUAUCCCAGGAGCAGGCCAAACUUCUCAAAUUACGUGAAAAGGAGGAAAUGCGCCAGAAAUUACAAAAGAAGAGAGAGGAGGUCGCAGCGUUAAAACAAGAAUUCCGAAGGGUUAUUAUAGUGGGAGACUCCAUUGUUAAAAAUCUACCACCGAUUGAGGGAGUUAAAGUUCAAGCCUUUCCGGGUGCAACUAUUGGCAAAUUGUCAUUUCUUGUGAGCAAGAAACAAGUAUCUUUGUAUGAUAGUAAUUUUAUUAUUUUACACAUAGGUACAAACAACAUAGCUAAUCAAAAUGCAUUAAACUCUUUGGCUUCGGAUUUUACCAAUUUAAUAGCGGCUAUCAGGAAAGAAAACGCUUCUAUUAGAAUUAUAGUAUCUUCUAUCCUUCCUCGACCGGUGGAUCAUUCAUGCUCUGAUAAGAAAAUUAGAGAAUUUAAUCAUUUUCUGGAAGAUAGGGUGACUCAUUUAGCUGACGCUAAUCUUCCAUGA